AUGCUAAAUUUGAAAAAACAUGACAUACUAAACAAUUUGGAACGAACAUCAACCAACAACGCUUCCAUUACAGGUGAUUAUCCAUAUGAAAAUGACUAUAUUGUUCUUCGAGAUCGUGAUGGUGAUCCUAUUCCUGAUGAUUUGGAUGCUUAUAUUCUUCGUGAUUGCCCUGACAUUGUUGCCGAUCAUUCUCACGAUAGUGUUCCUGCUGGCUUUGCAUGUUCUGUUCCUGAUUAUUGCAGUUCUCGUCGUCAUGGUCGUGUUCACAGUCGUUCUCCUCUGACUCCUCAUCGUAAUCUUCGUGUUCGUUCUCCUCACGAUAACCAUGCUCGUCCUUCUUCUCCUGACGUUCUUUAUCGCCUUGUUAUUGACAAUUUGUUCUCGCAUGACGUUCCAUGA